AUGCAAAACUGGCAGGUGGUUCUUCUCAUGUGGCCUGUCGAAGUACGCUUGUGCGUUGCGAGUUUUCUUCCAUGGACUGAGCUUGUGGCCGACUCGUGUCUUUGCCAUUCUUGGCGAACGCUGGAGAUGGAAGACGCACUCUGGCAGGUGUACUUUGCAUCAACUUGGCCUAGGAUGGCCAGGCGCAAGAAGGCUGCAGCCGGUGACCAAGGCUUGCCUUGGCGGGCCCUCUUUCGUGCUCAGUGGUCAAAAGGUGGCAAUCGUCAGGAGGAUGCCCUCGAGGAGGAUUGGCUGGACUUCAGUGCUGCUCAAGGUCUGGAGGCGCGAGUCGCGUCACAGAGGCCUCCGGUGCUCGCUUGGCCAGAGAAAUUGCAGCGUGCAAUACAACGGUGCCGAGAGGACCUGCAAAGACGAAGCGUGAAAGUUCCUGCUGAACCUGAUGCAUCCCAUACAUGCACGCAGCAUUGCAGGUUUCAUCCUCUUCUGUUCGAGGAUGCCGAUGCUUUCCUCUGUGAGGAGAGUGGGGCCUUACAUGUUUGCGAGAAUGUACCUUGCUCGUGCUGCGUGGCUUCUUCCGAAGGCUUCUUGGUCUGUCCGGUGAGCGGCCGUUGCUUCCCCAAGAAUAGCACAGUCAACGAAGAGAUAAUGGAUGCUCCCGUUUCUUAUGAUUGGGAUCCUGAUCUAAGUGCUGCGCAACAAGUUGGCCGCUGGUUCGAACAAGGUUACUUCAUGAGCGAAGAGCAGGCGCUUGCGAUCUUUGAUGGCUGUUCCGGGGCAGGCCGGCGGGCUGUGAGACGCCGCUCUGACGCUCUGCUGCGCUCUUCCUCUACAAGUGCAUUUUAG